AUGUCGGCGGCUGGCGGUACCAUCCGUAGCCGGACCAUGGGUCGGGGCCAGCUCCCCUUUGACACCAACGCCGCAUCCGCCAUCCCUCGAAAGGUCGACCCUUCAAUUCCUCCAAGCGUGACGUCUGAUGCUGCAGGGGCCUCUACGUUAAGCACGAGCAGGCAGAAGCAAUCUAAACGAGAUGAGGCCAUUAGGAGGAAGAUGGAGGCGGACCUCAGCAAGAAGAAGUUCAACCCUUCCAAGGCCCGGCACACUCGAAAGGCCCCGCCCGGCACGGUCCUUGCCCUGAAACCCAGUCAGGCUCUACAGAUCAAGCCAAAUACCACUGUUUCUGAGGCUGCUCAAUUGAUGGCCGCAAAGAGGGAAGAUUGCGUUCUUGUGACAGAUGAUGACGACCGUAUUGCCGGUAUUUUCACCGCAAAAGAUUUGGCCUACAGAGUUGUUGGUGCCGGUAUCCGCGCCAGGGAUGUGACAAUUGCCGAAAUUAUGACAAAGAACCCGCUAUGUGCACGUACUGAUACCAGUGCUACUGAUGCUCUUGAUCUCAUGGUCCGCAAGGGAUUUAGACAUCUUCCCGUCAUGGACGAGAAUCAGGACAUCUCUGGAAUUUUAGAUAUCACCAAGUGUUUCUACGAUGCAAUGGAGAAGCUCGAACGCGCAUAUAGCUCCUCCCGUAAGCUCUACGAUGCUCUUGAAGGUGUACAGUCCGAACUAGGAUCUUCCCAACCUCAGCAAAUCAUCCAGUACGUGGAGGCUUUGAGAUCGAAAAUGUCUGGACCUACGCUGGAGUCCGUGCUUAACGGCCUACCCCCAACUACUGUGUCCGUGCGCACAUCCGUCAAGGAGGCUGCGGCACUGAUGAAGGAGAACCAUACAACCGCUCUCUUAGUCCAGGACCAAGGAUCCAUCACCGGUAUCUUCACUAGCAAAGACGUUGUCCUGCGAGUUAUUGCUCCUGGCCUCGACCCAUCCACCUGCAGUGUUGUCCGAGUCAUGACCCCCCAUCCAGAUUUUGCUCCUACCGACAUGAGCAUCCAAGCUGCUCUCCGAAAGAUGCAUGACGGCCACUACCUUAACCUUCCUGUCAUGAACGAAUCUGGCGAAAUCGUGGGAAUGGUUGACGUUCUCAAACUGACCUAUGCUACACUAGAACAGAUCAACACGAUCCAAACCAACGAAAGUGAAGGCCCAGCGUGGAACAAGUUUUGGCUGUCCAUGGACAACGAGUCCGACUCGAUGGUGUCUGGCAGCCAACCCCAUCAUCGAUCUUUGCUCAGCCCGGACCAUCGAGGCCACGCAGGCGAUAGCGUUCUACCCAACGACUCUGCCUCUCACCACGGAGGCGAAGAUGGCCCAGUAUCAGAGCUCCACGAACGCCCAUUGGUAGAAGAGAAGGUUGACCCUUCAUUCCCUUUCAAGUUCAAGGCCCCCAGUGGUCGUGUUCACCGUCUACACGUUGAUCCAUCCGCUGGUAUUGCAGAACUCGUCCAGAAUGUGUCUGCAAAACUUGGAGCCGAGGUCGACACUAUCGGUGGCUUAGCUGUUGUUGAGGAUGGGAAACUUAGCAACAAUGGAUUUGCCAUGAGCUACUUGGACAGUGAAGGCGACACCGUCUCCAUCACUGCUGACCAGGACCUUGUUGACGCCAUCUCCAUUGCCCGGAAGGCCAAAAGCGACAAGGUUGACCUCUUCGUCCACAGCCCGGAUUCUACUCCAGUCGUUGCGAAGGAACCCGAGCCAGUCGCUGCGGCCAAGGUCGCCUCUCCUGCCGAAUCCGUUACUGUUGCUGCUGAGGAAGAAAACACUCGUAGAGAGGAGACUGUCAGCAGCCCCAAGUCUGUAGCCCAGUCACUUGUCCAACCUCCAACCGACCAGCAGCUCAUCAACGGUAUCCCCAACGAGCUUAUCCUGCCCGGUGCUAUCGUCACUCUGGCUGCUGUUAUCGUCGGUGUCUUCGUGCUAAGCCGAGGCGGUAGACGAUAG